AUGAAAAAGUUGAUCUCCUUCUUUCUUGUCCUAACAACUUCCUUGUUGCUCACCACAGCAAUCUCAGACACCUUAGAUACUUCCCACAUACUCAGAGACAACGGCGAGACUUUAAUCUCAUCCGGCGACACAUUUGAGCUGGGCUUCUUCAGCCCCGGCAACUCUACCAACCGCUACAUCGGCAUAUGGUACAGAAACAUCCCCCUCCAGACCGUCGUGUGGGUAGCAAACAGAGCCAAUCCCAUCCCACAAACCUCAUCCGCCACCCUCACACUCUUCCAUGGCGGACUCCUCCUUCUGCUCAAUCACACCAACGCCGCCCUCUGGUCCACCAACACCUCAACGCCCGCUCACGACCCUGUCGCCAGGCUCCUCGACUCAGGCAACCUCGUGGUCGUAGAUCGUCACAACCCUGACAAAUACCUCUGGCAGAGCUUCGACUACCCAACAGACACGCUGCUGCCGGGGAUGAAGCUCGGGUGGGACUCGACGAGCGGCUUGAACCGGCGAAUAUCCUCGUGGAAGGGCCCUGACGACCCGUCCCCUGGGGAGCUGAGCUUCGGGGUGGAGCUUGACGUGCAGCCGCAGUCGAUCUUGUGGAGGGGCACGGCCAAGUACUACCGAGCAGGCCCGUGGAACGGAAUGAGGUUUGGGGGCGGGCCCGAGCUGAGAAGCAACACCGUGUUCCGGUUCCGGUUUGCGUCGGGUCCGGAAGAGCACUACUACACGUGGUGGCCAGUUAAUAAGUCGGUCAUAUCGAGGCUUGUCGUAAAUGAUACAGCUGGUGCACGGCAGAGAUAUGUGUGGGGGCAGGGGUCGUGGCGUCUCUACGGGUCGGUGCCACAGGAUUACUGCGACGGGUACGGGCUUUGCGGGCCCAACGGGGUGUGCGCCAUCAUCGAUGUGCCGUCGUGCGAGUGCUUGCCGGGGUUCGAGCCACGGGGUGGGGGGUGCGAGCGGGGGGAGCUGGCCGAAGGCUGCAAUGGAAAGAGUGAUUUUGUGAGGUUUACAGACCUGAAAGUGCCGGACACAAAUUCUUCGUGGAUGAACAGGAAUAUGAGCCUGGUGGAAUGCAGGGAGGCGUGCGUGGGAAACUGCAGCUGCACGGCCUACGCGAGCCGGGAUAUUAGAGAUGGCGGGACCGGCUGCAUCCUGUGGUUCGGUGAUCUUUAUGAUAUCAGGCGGUAUUCCAGUGGGGCUCAGGACCUCUUCAUACGGAUCCCAUCUCUGGAUACAGGUUCGGGAGGACGGAAAAGAGAAGUACUUAUAGUAACAAUUUCCAUUGCUAUUGGAUUACUACUGCUAAGCCUGGGCAUAAUAUACUUUUGUCGGAAAAGGAAGAGGCCGAAUCGUCAGUUGAGUCAAAGUCGCAACAAGAAACUGGACCUACCACUAUUUGACCUAUCCACUUUAACAAAAGCUACUGAUAAUUUUUCAAGCGAUAAUAAGCUCGGAGAGGGCGGAUAUGGACCUGUCUAUAAGGGACUGCUAGAUGACGGGGGGGAAAUAGCCGUCAAACGCCUGUCAACAUCAUCUCAUCAAGGAGUAGACGAAUUCAUGAAUGAAGUAAUCUGUACUGCAAAACUCGAGCAUCGGAAUCUGGUGAAGCUUCUUGGAUGCUGCAUUCAUGGGGAUGAAUAUAUGUUGGUUUACGAAUAUUUGACCAACAAAAGUCUUGACCUCAUACUUUUUGAUCCGGUGAAAAGCAUGGAACUAGAUUGGCCUACACGCAUCAAAAUUAUCAACGGCAUUGCAAGGGGACUCAUGUACCUACAUCAAGAUUCACGUCUAAGGAUAAUCCACAGAGACCUCAAGGCCAGCAAUAUAUUACUUGAUUCCGAUAUGAACCCAAAGAUAUCAGAUUUUGGACUCGCCAGAGCUUUUGGAGGGAACGAGACCGGAGCCAACACAAAACGAGUUGUGGGAACAUAUGGCUAUAUGUCACCUGAAUAUGCAGUAGACGGUCUCUUCUCUGUGAAAUCAGACGUGUUUAGCUUCGGUGUUUUAGUGCUAGAGAUCAUCAGUGGCGAGAGGAACAGGGGAUUUUCUCAUAGAGAUCACAGCCUCAACCUCCUUGGGCAUGCUUGGAUGCUAUACAAGGAAGAGAAGGCACUAGAAUUGGCUGGUUUUGGUUUCGAAUAUAGAUGCUACGCAUCGAAUGUGCUGAGGUCAAUCCAAAUCGGUCUUCUAUGCGUCCAAGAAUCCCCAGAAGAGCGGCCGACCAUGUCCUCAGUGGUCCUAAUGCUGAGCAACGAAACCGUAUUGACUCGGCCCAAACAACCUGGUUUUUUCACUGGAAGACUGACUUUGGAAGCGACUCACGAAAAUUCAACCAGCUCGAAGACGCCAAGCUCGGUAAAUGAAAUGACUAUAACGACAUUUGAUGGCAGAUGA